AUGGAAGCCUGGUUCAUCAUCCUCGUCUCUGCGUGUAUGUGUGUCGUCUUAAGAGCCAUAUUCUCGCUGCGCACCAAAACCAUCAGCAUCCCUCCGGGCCCUCUUCACAUCCCAAUCAUCACAAGUAUCAUAUGUGUCCGAAAAUCCUUCGACCAACUCGAGUCACUUCUCCGAACCCUCCACGCCAAGUUCGGCCCCAUCGUCACCCUCCGCAUCGGAUCUAACAGCUCCAUAUUCAUUGCUGACCGCACCCUCGCCCACCAAGCCCUCUUCCAAAACGGCUCCCUCUUCUCCGACCGCCCCAAGGCCCGUGCAGUCUCCAAAAUCGUCAACAACAACCAACACACCAUCACCACCGCCUCCUACGGCCAAACCUGGCGCACUCUCCGCCGCAACCUCACCUCCGAGAUGCUCCAUCACUCCAGAGUUAAGUCCUUCUCCGGGAUCCGCAAAUGGGUCCUCCACACCCUCCUUACUCGUCUUAAAUCCGACUCCCAGUCCAACGAUUCCGUCAGAGUCGUCGACCACUUCCAUCACGCCAUGUUCUGCUUGCUCAUCUUCAUGUGUUUUGGGGAGCGACUCGAUGAUGGCAAAGAGUUACUGAGGUUUCGCAAGGAGCUAGAGGAUGUGCUGGGUCCACUUAUAAGAGCCAGAAAACAAAAGCGAAAGCAAGCUAAGGAAGAAGGUGUUGUUUCGUAUGUGGAUACUUUGUUGGAUUUGCAAUUGCCAAAGGAGAAACGCAACCUCGACGAAGGGGAGAUCGUGACGCUAUGUAAUGAGUUUUUGACUGGGGGUACGGACACGACUUCCACGAUGUUGCAGUGGAUCAUGGCGAAUCUGGUGAAGUACCCACACGUGCAAGAGAGGUUGGUGGAUGAGACAAGGGAGGUGUUGGGUGAGAGAGUAGAGCGAGAGGUGAAAGAAGAAGACUUGGACAAACUCCCUUGUCUGAAGGCUGUGAUUUUGGAGGGUUUGAGGCGUCACCCACCUGGCCACUUGGUGUUGCCACAUGCAGUAACUGAGGACGUGGUUUUCAAUGAUUACUUGGUCCCAAAGAAAGGGACUGUAAAUUUCAUGGUGGCAGAAAUGGGGUGGGACCCUAAGGUAUGGGAAGAUCCAAUGGCGUUUAAGCCAGAGAGGUUUAUGAAUGAUGAGGGCUUUGAUAUUACUGGAAGUAAGGAGAUCAAGAGGAUGCCCUUUGGAGCGGGAAGGAGGAUUUGCCCUGUCUAUAAUUUGGCCUUGCUUCAUUUGGGGUACUUUGUGGCUAAUUUAGUUUGGAAUUUAGAGUGGAAGGUUCCAGAGGGAGGGAAAGUGGAUUUGUCAGAGAAACAAGAAUUCACUGUGGUAAUGAAAAACGCGUUGUAG